CUUUACCAAGACAGUGGAGUUAGUCUAGCUAGUAAAUCGGGCAGCCUCUGCUGUGUAAACACUGCGGGGAACGCGGGUUCAUUGAAAUAACCCACGAGGGCAUACAGCUCUGGCCUCAGUCACGGGUCGGAGACCUCUCCACCUCCUGCCACCUCCAGCCACAACAGCAGUUCCUCUUUUAAUCUGCAGGGACUUCGCAGCCGAGCAGAGGGGAACCAAAACAAGGAGCCAAGACAGAAAACGCAAGGGGCCAGGACCCUUUGUGCCGACAACAUGGAGUUACAGCCAUUCGGGCUGGAAGAGGAGGAUGAUGAGGACAACGAUUCCAUUCAGUACAUGAUUGAGCAGAGUCUGCUGGAGAGCCACAAACAGAGGGGGAGCCUCAGAGACUCCACAACGCCAGAGGGCAGGAGGAGAACCGCAGUUUCAAUCUCCGGGCUCGACUGUCCGGGCAGCAGCACGAUCUUCGCGGCCAUAAGACAAGGUAACGGGGAGCUCCUGAAGGAUCUGUGCGUCAGACGCAAGGAGGGCUUUCUGCAGACGGACGGCAGAGGUUGGACCCCGCUCCACGAAGCGGCCGCGCAGAGCAACCCGGCCGUCCUGGAGCUCACGUUCAAAGCUUCAGGCCCGGGCUCCCUGGAGCGUCGCACCCUCCGCGGCCAGACUCCCCUGCUCCUGGCGGUGGAAGGGGGUCUGGCGGAAAACGCCUCCUUCCUCCUGACGCGCGGAUCCGAGCCGGACAGUCCGGACCACGACCAGAACUCCCCGCUGCUUGUAGCCAUCCAUUCGGACCGCAUUGACCUGGCGAGGCUGCUGCUCCUGCGGGGCUCCAGGGUGAACCAGGAGGGCUGCAACGGACGCCUGCCCAUCCACGAGGCCUCGCGGCUGGGCAAAGCGGCGCUGGUGAGCCUGCUGCUGGAGGCCGGAUCCCCGGCAGACCCUCGCAGCCACGACGGCCUCACGCCACUGGCACUGGCGGCCCAGCACGGGCACCUGGAGGUGGUGCAGACUCUGCUGGAGAGAGGCGCAGACGUCCUGUCCCAGGCGCAGGAUGAGUCGUCCGUCCUGUACGAGGCGUCCUCCACCGGAGACCCAGCCGUCAUCAGCCUGCUGCUGGAGCGCGGCGCCGACGCCAACGUCGGCAAAUGCACGGGACACAUGCCCAUCCACCGCGUGGCACACAGAGGACACCUGCAAGCCUUAAAGCUGCUGAUUCCAGUAACUUCAGUGGGAGAUGUAAACGACAGCGGAAUGAGUCCUCUACACUCCGCUGCCGCAGGAGGACACACACACUGCCUCAAGGCCUUGCUGGACGCAGGUUACGACCCCAACUACAUGCUCCGGCCCUGGGUUCGCCGUAGCUACGACGACGAGAGGAAGUCGGCGCUCUUCUUCGCUGUCUCCAACAACGACGUGCCGUCGGUCAAGCUGCUGCUGGAGGCCGGAGCCAUGGCCAACCAAGACCCGGUCAAAUGCCUGCAGGUUGCGCUGCGCCUGGGCAACUAUGAGCUGAUCAACGUGUUGCUGAGGUUUGGGGCCAACGUCAACUACUACAGCGGGAUAAACACAACGCACUUCCCCUCGGCCCUGCAGUACGCUCUCAAGGACGAGGUGGUUCUCAGGAUGCUGUGUAACUAUGGUUACGACGUGGGGCGCUGCUUCGACUGUCCCUACGGCAACAGCCCCCACGUCUCCGAGGACUACGAGGGAUGGAGCAACAGUGUGAUCAAAGACACUAAGUUCUGCGAGGUGAUCACCGUCUCCUGGCUCAGGCACCUGUCGGGCCACGUCGUUCGCGUCCUGCUGGACUACGUGGACCACGUGACCCUGUGCGCCAAGCUGAAGGCGGCCGUGAUGGAGCAGCAGCAGUGGCCGGGCAUCUGCAGGCUGCAGGAAAACGCCCGCUGUCUGCAGCAUCUCUGUCGGCUGCGGAUCCGCCGUUGCCUCGGACGCCUUCGUCUCCGGUCGCCCGUCUUCAUGAGCUUCCUGCCGUUGCCGGGGCGACUCAAGGACUACGUCCUGUACCGGGAGCACGACCUGCACGGCGGGCAGAGCGGCGGGGCGCGGGGGCGCGGGGGAGAGGAGACGGACAACAUCCGAAGAAAGAAGUUCAACAAGAUCACGUAAAAGUAUCUGCGGAUACUCAAACUCACACUUCGAAGCCACCGUUUCAGUUUCAAAGCUUCUUCUCCACAUCAUUCGCCGUUUUCAAUGUAAGAGCCAAAAGAAAUGAGAUUUUUUUUUUUUAAGAAAAACUUUAUAGUAUUUUUCUAUCAAAAUUGUCUUCCUUUACCUUUCUGAGCAGUGUAUUCUUAUUUUCUGUGAUUUUCUAUAUUUGGGUGAAGAAAAAAAAACAAAAAAAAAGCACGGAUCCGAGGAUACAACCAACUGUGAAACAAAACAUUGAACAUUUAUUUUCAUAAAAGGAUAAAACCAAAAGAAAAAAAUUAAAU